AUGACGGGAGAGGAAGACGGCGACAUCACCCACGAGGCUACUCCUGCGGUGGAUGCUUUUCUUAAGCUGGACGAGAUGAUCUUCGAAGAGUUUAUCAGGGCCUUAAAGGCAGGCGAUUUAGACGAAGUGGUCAUUACACGACCGGAGAAGGAGAUCAAUUUGUCAUCGCUUCUUGAUGAAGCUGUCCUGGAGGACACCAAAAAUGCCGAGCGCGCCUGGUGGAUCCAAAAGAAUCCCUCGGAUUCGUACUAUCCUUUGGUAAAGAAAUUUAAAGUCGUAGUCUCCAAAGUCCCGCCUUCGGUCUUUCCUCCGGACCGAGGUAUGCGUCAUGAGAUGAACCUGGUUCCAAAAACCAAUUAA